GCUUCCUUGUCACCUAUUUACGUAGCUUGUUCCUAGUUUAGCGUCUCAGACGGAGCCAGCGAUUGCCUGAGUUUCAGACAGAGGCUGCCUGAGCUACAGUCAUAGACUAUCUGAGCUACAGUCAGCGACUGCCUGAGCUACAGCCAGCGACUGCCUGAGCUACAACCAGCGCCCGUCUCUGAGUGGAGCCACAGGGCCAUGGCGAGUGCGGCUCCCAGUGGUAGCGAGGCUCCAGGGGAGUUGACCUGCCCCAUCUGCCUGGACGCCUUCCGCUGCCCCUGCACGCUCAGCUGCGGCCACUCGUUCUGCCUCGAGUGCGUGGAGGGCGCUUGGGAUGUGGCCGAGUUCUUCUCCUGCCCACAGUGCCGAGUGACCUUCCCUCAGAGACCCAAGCUGAACAAGAGCGUGACGCUCGCCAACCUGGUGGAGCAGCGCAGUGCCGCAGAUGAAUUGGCUACCGUGGCCUUGUGUGACUUCUGCAACGAUGGCACGACUGCUGCCUCCAAGACCUGCCUCAGGUGUGAUACGUCCUACUGUGCGACUCAUGUAAAGCCUCAUCAGGAGAAUCCGAAGUUCAGGGACCACAUUCUGGUGGCUCUAGCCACGAAUCCUGAAGAACGCAGAUGCAAGAAGCACAGAGAGGAGAUCAAGUUUUACUGCCGUCAGGACAAGCGCUUGGUCUGCACAACCUGCACCAUCGCAGGAGACCACAAGGGUCACGAUGUGGCUACACUGGAGGAUGAGCACAAGACACGGAAGAAACAAGUGGGAGAGGAGACGCGGGGGGUGGAGGAGAAGAGGAAGGAGGCGGAGGAGUCCGUGAGGCGGAUGGAGGCCGCUCGCAGGGACGUGCAGGGAUCCAUGACAGAUGAAAAGGCCUCAAUCUCGGUCAGAUUCGCCAGCGCGAGAGCAGCGUUGGAUGCAGAGGAGAAGGCGGCUUUAGAGCAAGCGGAGCAGAAAGGGCGCAAGCUGCUGUCCCAGAUCGAGAAGAAGAUCGCUCACUACCAGCGCGACAUCAGCGAGCUGCAGGCAGCAGCCACUCGCCUGCAGGCCCUAGCGCAGGAGAGGGACUCGCUCGCGUUCCUGCAGGGGCACCUGGAGGAGACGCGCAGGACAGGGAGGGUUACAGCAGCUCCACCCUUAGCUCCCUGCCAAGAGGACAUUGCCUCGCUUAAAUUCCUGGAAACAACUGCAGUCAAACGCCUGUACGGAUGUUCACUGACUCUGGACACAAACUCAGCUCAUAACAAACUAAAGAUCUCCUCGGAUCUCAGGACAAUGAUGCUGACCGGUGCCUCCCAGGGUCGCCCCGAUCACCCACACCGGUUUGAUGGCUGUCCACAAGCCCUGUGCUGUGAGAGCUUCUCGUCGGGGCACCACUACUGGGAGGUGGACGUGGGGGACGCGCGGCGGUGGAGGGUUGGAGUCGCGUACGGGACGAUCCCACGGAAAGGGAGUGGUGGUGCUGCACAGCUGCUGGGAGGGAGUGACGUGUCCUGGUGUUUAGAGAAAUGUGACGACGGCUUCUCAGUGGUUCAUGGUGGAGUGAAGACUGCACUGUUGGUGAGGGGGGCCCCCUCCCCCCGCAGAAUCGGGCUUCACCUGCACUGGGAGGUGGGGUUCCUGGCGUUUUACCGUGCCGACUCCAUGGAGGUGAUCCACGAGGUUUGGCGGAGAUUCUUGCAGCCUCUCUACCCUGGGAUGUGGGUGAGGUGUUGUAAUGAUCGAUUGGAGAUCGUGGAUUUGAGUCGUGCAUCCUGAGGAUGAGGAGAGAUAGAAAUCCAAGAAACGGAGAAGGGGGAUGGUGAGGAGAGGGUGGAAUGGAGGGUGAGGUGAAAAUUAAGGGACGGGUGAGGUCAGCAUAAGGGGAAGGUGAGGAGGGAGGGUGAGGUUCAGGUUGGUGUACGUGAGCGAUGUCGCCAGUGCAGUACAAAUCGCCAGUGCGGAAGUUUGAGGGAUUUGAAUGAAAUCUGAGUGGGGAUUCAGCGCAGCCCCAGAGUCCAUGUGGCUGCUCCUUCACCUGCAGUGCGCAUUCGCGUCACACCUCCUCAUCCCUACGAUUCACCAUCAUCAUCAUUACCACCAACCCAUCAUCACUAUCAUCAAUAUUAUCCCCAUCAUCACCACCAUUAACCACCAUCAUCACUAUCAACACCUAUAAUCACAUCCAUCAUCAUAAUCAUCAUCACCACCACCACCAUUAUCACCAUCAUCACCACGAUCAUCAUCAUUAUCACCAUCACCACCAUCAUCAUUACCACUACCAUGAUCACUAUCAUCACAAUAAUCACAAUCAUCACCACAAUCACCACGAACACUGCCACGAACACCACCAUCAUCCUCGUCACCAUUUCAACAUUAUUACUACCACUACCACCUUCAUCGCACUCAUCACCAUCAUCAUUACUAUCAUCAACCCCCCCCACCCCUUCGCAAAUCCCUGAUCUCCACAUGAAACAUUAAAGACAAUACACACUACGUAACGUUUAACUCAUCCCAUCAGUCGCAGGCACGGCCGUCUCGGAGUGCCUAAUUGAAGCGGCAUUUGGUUCAAUGCGAGCAACACUGGGCAGGUUUCGACAUUCAGUGUCUCAUCAGCAGCAGGGCCAGGCAUUUCUUAAACCAAGGCUCACAAAGUUUUGCUGACCGGAUUCCUGGCUACCUGCCUGGCUUCUUGGCGAGCGGGCAAGCAAGUGGUGACAUCACAGUGUUGUAUAUGCCGGGUCUUGAAAAAUUAAUAAAAACUAAUAAAUAUUAAAUGAAAAAAUAUGUAAUUAUCCGAAAUUAUGCUAAUUUAUGUGAUUACCCGCAUGAAUUGUUAUAAUUAGGGAGGUGUGAAUGUAUUAAGUUAUGCAAAUGUAUGUGAUUAUGCUAAUGUGUGCAGUAAUUAUAAUUAGGCUUAGCUUCGUUGUCUAGGGUCGCAUUAUCAAUCGGGAUAAUACAAUGAACUGUAUAAAGUUAUGCAAGUGUGAUGUAAUUAUGCUAAAUUAAGCUCGGCUUCGUUAUCAAGGGUUGUAUUAUCAAUCAGGGUAAUACAAUUAUUCUCGCUUUAACAUUUACUGAUUAUGUCUGAGUGUUUAUGUCAGGUCUCCAAAUUCAAAUCUCACCGCAGGAUACAGUUCUCAUAAUUGAGAUUAUUAUGCAUGAAAUUAGGAAGGCACCACUCAUACUCUUUUGUGUUAAGCCAUUUUAAUUUCUAACCAAAAACAUAACACUCUAAUAUGCAAACUCUUAUGCUUGGAAUUGUCAACACAGUACCCCUGGAGAUGUUCUCCUCAUUGAUCCGUACAUUUAACCCUCAAUGAUUACGUUAACUGGGUAACAGAACAUUCGAUUAAUUUCUCAGUAACGCGAGCAUAUACGGCGAUAGGAAAAUGUCCUUAAACAUGCAUGUGACGAUAUUCAUACGAACGGCAAUAAACAUUUCCCGAAGGAAAAAGUAUACGUCAAUUAAUUCAUUGGCAAGAUUAUGCAAUUAACGAAAACGAAUGACUAAAAUACUUCUAAACGACCGUAUCCACGUAACUCAAUGGGCAGGUAUGCUUUUCACGAUCAGUUUAUAUUUAACGCACCACCUUGGAAUGGCAACCCUUCUAGAAACACAAAUAUAACUUUUUGGAACAAUCUUAUUAGACCCGAUAUGCAUGUUGUGUGCGUGUGUCUUCUUUUAUCAAUUCUUUGCGUAAAGCAGACACCGAGGUUGGGCAUUCCUUGUACCAAAAAUUUUGUUUGUUCCCUGCGGAGCAGUGAGCGUGUGAGGGUGGGCGUGUCAUACAAACGGCUUCCUUGCUCCCUCUCGCUUGGGGCGUGUCUGCUGGCAGCUGCCGGCUCCUUCCACUGCUGGAUGAGCUGGUUGCACGCGCUCUCUCCUGCCCCGUGCUCUCUGGCGAUGAACGAUGCGCUCGCAGUUCGUUCGCUGGUGGCAGACACCCUUGCUCGAUGGAGCUGGUGGCGCUGCUGUGUGCUUUCUCUCCUGCUCUGUGCUCUCUGGCGGCGCACAAUUGCGCGUGCAGCUGGUUCUCUGUGAUGCUGGCUUAGUCGACACUUGGCACUUUCCGCCCUUUCUCGAGGUUGAUUGCUUGGCGUUGCUCGUCGGUUCAACUCGAGCUGCAGCUGCUCGUCUGUUGGCACUCAAUCUCAAAACCUGUACAUUGUAUUUGCACACCUCUUAAACAACUGUGAAAGCUUAGUACAAUACAACUUAUCGCAAUCCUUGACUUUGCAAGAGACUCAAAACAUCAGGAAAAUUUUAGAAUAAAUUUUCAGAGAUACUCUGUCGGUCCAUGCCGAACUCAACACCGAGCAUCACCUCGCCCCUGUUCUCUGCGAGACACCACACCCAUUUCUAAUGUCGAGGUCAAGCCCCGCAGCCUGCUCCUUUGCAAGACUGAAUUGCAUGAUCUGUGUCCGUGCUUAAAUGUGAAAUUCUCUCCCCUCUUUGCGCGUCUCUUGCGAGAUAAAAAAGUAUAACCCGUAAAAACUAAGUUUUUCACUAUAAAUCCUUUACUAGCAGUUGCCGCCCGCGAAGCGGGCGGUGUGUAUAUGCUUGGUUGGUGGGGAGUUGAAGGUGGCUGGACACAAUAUACAUGUUUUGGUGAUUGUUGAAUGUUUAUUUUUGUGAGGUUAUAUGUAUUUUUAUGAGACGCUCAAUCGACAAUAUUCAAGAAUGCAAGUAAUUGAAAUAUAGAAUGCAACUUAUUCAAAUAUCUGGCGAUACACGAUAUUCUUCGUGUACACUCCGUCUUCCUCCUCGUCGUCAGGUCCCGCGAAGCGCCAUUCGCGUCUUGUUCCGAUACGUAGUGCCGUUCAUGUACUCAUCCGUGUACGUCCAACCCAGUUCCCCGAGAGGGAGCAAGAGAGGACAUUGAAGUGAAUCGUAGAUCGAAUGGGUUUCGAACAGUCGCAAAAGGCCACCUGACCGUGGGAAGAGAAGAAAGUCUCGGUUAUUCGCCGCGUUGCCGUCAUCAACCAACACAGCAGCAACCUCCGUGGCGGUGGGGAGAUUGUGCGUGCGGGGUCCCGCAUAGUUGUUUGCACGCAGGCGAAACACGACGUUGACGGGGUUGUCGCCGGCUUCGAUCAUGCUUCUCAUCCGCUGACUAGCGCAAACACGUUGCACGUCUCCAACAUGUGCUCCAAGUCCAACAGCGCGACUCUGUUCAGGCCACAAAAAAUCCCGUCGGCGAGCCACUCGUGCUUCCACAUCUGGAUCGUACACGUAAAUCUGUGCAAACUUGGGCUUCGUUGUCUGACCGGCUUGAUCCGUAUAUGGUAACAAAGAUCCCAAGAAAUGGCCCAUCGUUCCUUGGAUACGGUAUGUAUACACGCCUCUCUGCCCUUGGACACUUUGAUCUUCUGCUACUGGGUUGAAGCGGCGAUUGCUUAAAGACGCACCAAGCGACGUAAAUGCAAACACUUGAUUGUACAUGCGUAUCUGCUUCAGAAACUCUUCAUCUUGGUACCACUUGCGUAGAAUGGCCGGUGCAGGCUGGAGUGGCGGAAGAGCGACCUUGCCGUCAAUGCAGCAUGUGAUCGAAGACUCGCCCGGCCACUUCCAUGCUCGACACUUUGAGCAAACCGAAGUUGGCUCUGGUAGUUUGUGUCUUCCUGCGAUAUUCUUCCCCGAAACUCUGGAGACUUCAAACUCGUCUUGGUUGGCGAGGGCGGCCUUGUAGCGCUUGGUUCGCCGUUGAACGCGUCGCUGUUCCAGCGUCUCCUCGACUUCGUUUUCUGUCCUCUCCAUUUGCCGUUGGGACUGGCG